UCAAAGUUGGCGCUUCUGGGUGAUCCAGGAGCGCGUGCAGGGUGCGGAGGGGCAGACCUGGAGGCAGGGUGCUGCGUGCCUCCCGCGUGCCGCCAACCCUCACUUGAUCUGAACGGGAAUUUCCGGUCCUUCACGCUGGCCUUCGGAGUAAAUGAAAGUGAAAGGGGAAGAGACCUAGAGUAGAGAUCGCAGCGCCAUGGAGCCUCUGCCCCUGCUUAUCGCUGUGGUCUUGGGCCUGGCGACCACCGUGUCGGCUGGACCGGCCGCGGUUGAGUGCUGGUUCGUGGAAGAUUCAGGUAGCCUGGCCAAGAGACCUGCCGCGUUGCUACUGCGCCAGGGACCCAGGGGUCCGCCGCCCCGGCCAGAUCUUGACCCUAAGCUGUACUUCAAGGUGGAUGACCCGGCCGGAAUGCUCCUGGCUGCCUUCAGGCGGUACCCCGCGGGCGCCCCCGCACCGCACUGCGAGAUGAGCCGCUUCAUCCCGUUCCCCGCCUCGGCGAAUUGGGCUAGAGGUCUGAUCCCGCAGCAGAACUGCCCGCGGGCCCUGGACGGGGAUUGGCUGCUGGUCAGCGUGUCCAGCACCGUCUUCAGCCUUUCUGUCCUGCUGCGACCACAGCCAGAGCCUCAGCGGGAGCCCGACUUCACCAUGGCAACAGUGGUGCUGACCGUCCUCACCCACAGCCCCAACCCUCGGAUCCAGCUGGGAAAAGAUGCGGUGCUGGACCUGAGCUUUGCCUACAUGCCCCCGACUCUGGAAGAUGCUCUGUCUCCGGCCGCAGGUCCCCCUCCCUUUGGGCUGGAGUGGCGUCGCCAGCACCGGGGCAAGGGUCACCUGCUGCUGGCUGCGACUCCCGGGCUGGCUGGGGAAACGCCACCAGCCCAAGAAAAGGCUGUGGCAUUUGCUGCUUGGGAUGACAAUGAGCCCUGGGGCCCGUGGACUGGGAAUGGGACCUUCUGGCUGCCAGCUGUGAAACCUUUUCAGGAGGGCAUCUACCUGGCUACUGUACACCUGCCCUAUCUGCAAGGACAGGUCUCCCUGCAGCUGACGGUGCACAAGCCCCCCAAAGUGUCUCUGACACCAGCCCCCCUUGUGUGGGCUGCCCCGGGAGAGACACCCCCGGAACUGCUCUGCCUCGUGUCCCACUUCUACCCUGCGGCGGGCCUGAGGGUGGAGUGGGAGCGCAGAGGUGGCCCAGAAGGCGGUUCUGGAAAGGCUGAGGGGGAGACGUGGCUCUCCACUGUCCGCCACCAUUCCGAUGGCUCUGUCAGCCAGGCUGGGCACCUGCGGCUGCCCCCAGUCACUGCCAAGCAGCAUGGAGCACGCUAUGCCUGUCGGGUCCACCACCCCAGCCUGCCGGCAUCGGGGCGCAGUGCUGAAGUCACCCUGGAGGUGGCAGGCCUCUCCGGGCCCUCAAUCGAGGACAGCAUAGGCCUGUUCCUGUCCGCUUUUCUCCUUCUGGGACUCAUCAAAGCACUAGGCUGGAUGGCUGCCUACCUGACCAUUCAUAAAGACUCAAAGGCGAAGGUCACAGCUGCCAGCCUGGACUCAAAGAAGUCACAGUAAAGGCACUCAAUUCCGUGGAAGGCCACCCUCAUCUUUGGCCCAGCUGACUCCAGUAGCUCCUCCCCUAAACAGCGUCCCUUCAUGUUAUCUUCUACUCCCUCCACUGAGUGGCUGGUGUUGCUUUUUUAUUUUAUUUUAUUAUUUUUUGGGUUUUUUUUUUUUUGAGACAGGGUUUCUCUGUGUAACAGCCCUGGCUGCCCUGGAAUUCACUUUGUCGACCAGGCUGACCUCAAACUUGCCGAGAUUCGCCUGCCUCUGCCUCCCAAGUGCUGGGAUUAAAGGCAUGCGCCACCACCACCCGGCUAUUUUUUAUUUUUGUUGUUUUGUUCUUGUUUUUAGACAAGGUCUCUCCAUGUAGCCUUGGCUGGCCUGGACUUCACCAAGCCAACCAGGCUGGCCUUGAAGUCCCAGAGAUCCACCUGCCUCUGGCUCUGGAGUAAGGAAGGGCAUUGGUCACCAUGCCUCAAGGAUUGUUUUUUAUUUUUAUUUUUUAAAGAUAAAUCUAGCAUUGUUAGAGUUCUAAGGCAGUGAUUCUCAAAAAUUUGGGUUCCAAUACAUCUUAAAAAUGAGCAAGAAGCCCAAAGACUUUUUGUUAUGUGGGCUACAGCUAUUGGAACUUAACUAAAGUUAAAAAAAAAAAAAAAAAAAAAAAAAAGCCAGGCAUAGUGGCGCACAGCACUCCAGAGGCGGAGGCAGGUGAAUCUGUGUGAGUCCCAUGCCAGCCUGAUGUACAAUAGGGAGUUCCAGGUCAGCAGGGUGGGGCUCUGUGGAGAGAACGAAACACAAGAAUCUACAGUAGUCUCGAGCCCUUUAAGACCACCGGAAAUAUCAGGUAUUCACAAGGGGCUCACAGCAUCUUAACACCACGACGCUUCUAGAGCCGAGCGGCCCGUGUGUCUCCCAUGGCAGACUAAGGCCUACCUCUCCAGCUCUCCUCUCAUACCACAGCGUUUCCUCUGCCUGCUCUACCAUCGCCAUCUCUGGGUUCCAGGCCUGAUGGGCCUCGUUCUGCCACUGACUCUCGAGUGUCCCUCUCGUGCGGCUCACCGGCUGAACCUGAAGAACGUCUGUCCCCUCCUGCCCGCCCGCCCGCCGGGGCACCAGUGUUGUGUGCCAAUAAAGUGCUUCGGAGUCCCCA